AUGGGUGAAGACAAAGAAACAAAUAUCCUCGCCGGCCUCGGAAACACCAUUUCCCAAGUAGAAAACGUUGUUGCGGCAUCGUUACGACCUUUGCCAACGGCAACGGGUGAUGGAACCUACGUUGCCGAAUCCACUCAGACGGGCUUAGCCAAAGAUCUGAGCCAUGUCGACCUCAAGGAUGUCCGCACACUCGCCGAAGUCGUCAAGAGUGCGGCUACGGGAGAGCCGGUUGAUGACAAGCAGUAUAUCAUGGAAAGAGUGAUUCAGUUAGCUGCUGGCUUACCAUCGACAUCUCGCAACGCUGCAGAGCUAACCAAGUCAUUUUUGAACAUGCUGUGGAAUGACUUGGAACAUCCACCAGUUUCUUAUCUAGGAGCUGAUUCUAUGCACCGCAAAGCCGACGGCUCGGGUAAUAAUCGUUUCUGGCCUCAACUUGGCGCUGCUGGUAGCGCGUACGCAAGAUCUGUUCGGCCCAAGACGAUGCAGUCUCCAUCCCUGCCCGAUCCUGAGACUAUUUUCGAUUGCCUGCUCCGCCGGAAAGAGUACAGGGAGCAUCCUAAUAAGAUAUCAAGCGUUCUAUUCUACCUCGCUUCAAUCAUUAUUCAUGACCUAUUCCAGACAGACCCUAAAGAUAAUUCCGUGUCCAAGACAUCGUCAUAUUUGGACCUCUCACCUUUGUAUGGCAAUAAUCAAGACGAGCAGAACCUUGUUCGUACGUUCAAGGAUGGAAAGCUUAAGCCAGAUUGUUUCGCUACCAAGCGAGUGUUGGGCUUUCCUCCCGGCGUCGGCGUUCUACUGAUCAUGUUCAACCGCUUCCACAACUAUGUGGUUGAUCAAUUGGCGGCGAUCAACGAAUGCGGCCGAUUCACCAAACCUGACGAGUCCAACGUUGAUGAGUAUGCUAAAUACGAUAACAAUCUCUUCCAAACCGGGCGACUGGUGACUUGUGGGUUGUACGCAAAUAUUAUCCUAAAAGAUUAUGUCCGAACGAUUUUGAAUAUAAACCGGACAGAUAGCACCUGGAGUUUGGACCCCAGAAUGGAAAUGAAGGAUGGUUUAUUAGGUGAAGCAGCAGCAAUGGCAACCGGGAACCAGGUGUCAGCCGAAUUUAAUGUCGUGUACCGGUGGCACGCUUGCAUUUCCAAGCGCGAUGAAAAAUGGACAGAGGAUUUUCACCGUGAAAUCAUGCCGGGAGUGGAUCCAAGCACACUAUCGAUGCAAGAUUUUGUCGCGGGUCUUGGACGGUGGCAGGCAGGACUCCCACAAGAGCCACUUGAGCGCCCAUUCUCUGGCUUACAGCGUAAGCCGGACGGUGCAUUCAACGACGAUGACCUGGUUAAUCUGUUUGAGAAGAGUGUUGAAGACUGCGCAGGUGCAUUUGGUGCGUCUCACGUUCCAGCCAUCUUCAAGAGCGUUGAAGCUCUCGGUAUAAUGCAGGCUCGGAGAUGGAACUUGGGAACGCUCAAUGAGUUCCGCCAAUAUUUCAAUCUGGCUCCUCAUAAGACCUUUGAGGAUAUCAACUCCGAUCCGUACAUUGCGGAUCAGCUCAAGCGACUGUAUGAUCAUCCAGAUCUUGUGGAGAUUUACCCUGGUGUUGUUGUGGAAGAAGCCAAAGACUCCAUGGUCCCUGGAAGCGGCCUUUGCACGAACUUCACUAUAUCCAGGGCAAUCCUUUCGGAUGCGGUGGCAUUGGUUCGCGGUGAUAGAUUUUACACUGUCGACUACACUCCGAAGCACCUUACGAAUUGGGCCUACAACGAGAUUCAGCCUAACAACGCCGUCGAUCAAGGUCAGGUAUUCUACAAGCUGGUUCUUCGCGCAUUCCCAAACCAUUUUGAUGGAAAUUCUAUCUAUGCUCAUUUCCCCCUUGUCGUUCCCUCGGAAAAUGAGAAAAUAUUGAAGAGCCUUGGGGUUGCCGAGAAGUAUAGCUGGGAAAAGCCCAGUCGUAUCUCUCAUCCGAUUUUCAUCAGCUCUCAUGCCGCGUGCAUGUCCAUCCUCGAAAAUCAAGAAACGUUCAAGGUGACUUGGGGUAGGAAGAUUGAGUUCCUUAUGCAACGCGAUAAGCACCAAUACGGGAAGGACUUCAUGCUGUCUGGAGACCGGCCACCCAACGCUGCAUCGCGCAAGAUGAUGGGUUCCGCCUUGUAUCGCGAUGAAUGGGAGGCUGAGGUCAAAAACUUCUACGAGCAAACAACUCUAAAACUCUUGCAUAAGAACUCCUACAAACUUGCGGGCGUUAACCAAGUCGAUAUCGUUCGUGAUGUGGCCAAUCUCGCCCAAGUCCACUUCUGCUCUAGCGUCUUCUCAUUGCCACUGAAAACAGACUCUAAUCCUAGGGGUAUCUUCGCAGAGUCGGAACUGUACAAGAUAAUGGCUGCAGUUUUCACUGCCAUCUUCUACGACGCAGAUAUUGGGAAAUCGUUCGAGCUAAACCAGGCCGCCCGUACUGUAACGCAGCAGCUGGGCCAGCUAACUAUGGCCAACGUCGAGAUCAUAGCCAAAACCGGCUUGAUCGCUAACCUCGUGAACCGCCUUCACCGGCGCGACGUGCUUAGCGAAUAUGGCAUCCAUAUGAUCCAGCGUCUACUGGAUAGUGGUCUCCCAGCGACAGAGAUUGUAUGGACUCAUAUCCUUCCUACGGCCGGUGGAAUGGUGGCAAACCAAGCACAACUGUUUUCGCAAUGUCUGGACUAUUAUCUCUCGGAAGAGGGCUCUGGGCAUCUUCCUGAGAUCAACCGACUGGCCAAGGAAAAUACCCCGGAAGCUGAUGAGCUACUUACACGCUAUUUCAUGGAAGGUGCUCGGCUACGGUCAUCCGUUGCCCUGCCUCGAGUAGCUGCGCAGCCCACGGUCGUAGAAGACAAUGGCGAAAAACUCACCAUCAAAGCUGGCCAGGUCGUUAUGUGUAACCUGGUCUCUGCGUGCAUGGAUCCUACUGCCUUUCCAGAUCCAGAGAAGGUCAAACUUGACCGUGACAUGAACUUAUACGCCCACUUUGGCUUUGGGCCCCACAAGUGUUUGGGCUUAGACCUAUGCAAGACAGGGCUGAGCACGAUGCUAAAAGUACUUGGACGCUUGGACAAUCUCCGUCGUGCUCCUGGAGCGCAGGGACAGUUGAAGAAGCUUUCUGGACCUGGCGGGAUCGCUAAGUAUAUGAAUGAGGAUCAAAGCGGCUUCACUCCCUUCCCGUCAACUAUGAAGAUCCAAUGGGACGGCGAAUUGCCCCAACUGAAGGAAGAUUUUUAA